GUCGUGUAGGGCGUGUCUGUGGGAGGGGCCAUGGUCGCAUGGAGUUACAGGAGCUGGCUGGGGGUGACCGGAUCUGUAUGAAAUUGCCGAGCCUGGCGGACGGAGAGCCCAGUGCUGGGAGCGGUGCGGCCGGGAGGACAGCGGGGACACGGGCUGACACACAAGGAUCCGCUCCCCGGACAGGCCAGGCAGUCAGCUGACAUGACGUCCCGCAGAUGGUUUCAUCCAAACAUCAAUGGAUUGGAAGCUGAAACUCUCCUUCUAACCCAUGGUGUACAUGGAAGUUUUCUGGCCCGGCCUAGCAAGAGCAAUCCUGGAGACUUCACACUGUCUGUCCGGAGACAUGAUGAAGUCACGCACAUUAAAAUCCAAAACACAGGGGAUUUCUAUGAUUUGUAUGGAGGAGAGACAUUUGCCACCUUGGCUGAGCUGGUGCAGUAUUAUACAGAACAGCAGGGUCUUCUGCGAGAGAAGAACGGAGACGUGAUUGAGCUCAAGUACCCGCUGAACUCGCAGGAUCCAACAUCAGAGAGGUGGUACCAUGGUCAUCUUUCUGGAAGAGAAGCAGAAAAGCUCCUGCUGGAAAAGGGAAAGCCUGGAAGUUUUUUAGUGCGGGAAAGUCAGAGCAAGCCAGGGGACUUUGUAUUGUCUGUCUUAACAAGUGAGGAGAAACUAGAGAAUGGAGAACGUAAAUCUCGUGUCACCCAUGUGAUGAUCCGAUUCCAGCCGGAUGGAAAAUAUGAUGUAGGAGGAGGAGAACGCUUUGAUACACUGACCGACCUGUUGGAGCACUACAAGAAGAACCCUAUGGUAGAGAAGUCGGGAGCGGUGGUGCAUCUUAAGCAGCCAUUCAAUGCAACACGAAUCAGCGCAGCAAACAUAGAGUCCAGAGUACGAGAGCUUAACAAAAUGGCUGACAACACGGAGAAGGCCAAGCAAGGCUUCUGGGAGGAGUUUGAGAUGCUACAGCAGCAAGAAUGUAAACUGCUCUAUCCCCGGAAAGAAGGACAAAGGUUGGAGAACAAGAGCAAGAACAGAUACAAGAAUAUUCUUCCUUUUGACACCACGAGGGUGGCUUUGAGGGAUACGGACGAAAGCAUUCCUGGGUCAGAUUAUAUUAAUGCGAACUACAUAAAGAGUACUCUGGAUGAGACACGUGGCAACCAGCCCUAUAAAGUGUAUAUAGCCACUCAAGGAUGCCUCCAGAACACAGUGUGUGACUUCUGGUCCAUGGUCUAUCAGGAGAACACCCAUGUUAUUGUUAUGACUACCAAAGAGAUGGAGCGCUCAAGGAAAAAAUGUUUUCGUUAUUGGCCUGAUGAAAACUGUUCCAAGGACUAUGGCUGCAUCCGAGUCUUGAGCCUGGCCUUGCACGAAGAAAAGGAUUAUAUAUUGCGGGAGUUACAGAUGUCACGCACAGACAGGGAAGAACUUCCAAGGCGCAUUUGGCACUAUCAGUAUCUGAGCUGGCCAGACCAUGGAGUCCCGAAUGAACCAGGAGGCGUUCUAAGCUUUCUAGAAGAAAUUAAUGCAGCACAGCAAAGUAUUCCAGGCUCUGGGCCUAUAGUGGUGCACUGCAGUGCUGGAAUUGGGCGCACGGGUACCAUCAUAGUUAUUGAUAUUCUGGUCGACAUUAUAAACAGACAAGGUUUGGACUGUGACAUUGACAUCCCCAAGACCAUACAGAUGGUGAGGCAGCAGCGCUCAGGGAUGGUGCAGACGGAGGCGCAGUAUAAAUUCAUAUAUAUGGCCGUACAGAAAUAUAUUGAGACAAGGAAGAAGUAUCUGGAGGAUGAGCAGAGGGGCAGGACAAAGGAGCGUGAAUAUAGCAACAUUCAUUACCCACUUGGGGACAAGUUAAAACCCAAAGCACCUUCAGCGGCAGCACCUAGCCAACCUAGAGUCAGCGAUGAUUCCACCUGUGUCUAUGAGAAUCUGAAUAUUAGGAGCACACACAAAUCAAGUACUAGUAAUGCUGGCAGAUAAUCCAUGGCAUUUCCAGAUGCACUGAUACUAAAUGAGACAGCACUUUUUGUCUCCAUUUCCCUGGCCAUGGCUAUCUGGAGUUGUCCCCAGUUCUGCAGCUUACCCCUGCCUAGCCCCUGCGCCAGCUCCAGACGGAGGAACACAAGUGUAAGAGAGACGUGAGCAAGGGGCACUUGUGAGGAGAACACAUCCACAGUAACUUAUUAUGAAAGAACAACCUUUUUUUUUUUUUUUUGCCUCAGUGUUUCGGAGUAUUUAUUUAAGUGCCUAUGAGAAGCCACUGAGUUUUAGAUAUUUUUAUUUGUCAAUUCUUUGUUUUACUCUUUGUUUUGUAAAAAUGUGUAAUAAAUAUGCUGGUCCUAAAGA